AUCCCAGAUAUCCUUAGAGUUGGAGCAGCGAAAUACUUUGGACAAACCAUCCUAGGAGGGCCUUUCCACAUAAUUGUCAUCACAUAUGCUUGCAUGAUUCUAAUAACCAUGGUGAUGCGUCUCACUAGCACAACUGGUGAGGUGGUGCCCAUGUCCUUUGCCCUGGUGCUAGGAUGGUGUAAUGUCAUGUACUUCGCACGAGGCUUCCAGAUGCUUGGACCCUUUACCAUCAUGAUCCAGAAGAUGAUAUUUGGAGAUCUUAUGCGCUUUUGCUGGCUCAUGGCUGUGGUGAUACUAGGCUUUGCAUCAGCUUUUUACAUCAUCUUCCAGACAGAGAACCCUGAAAACCUUGGGCAGUUCUACAAUUACCCUAUGUCUUUGUUCACCACCUUUGAGCUGUUCCUCACUAUCAUUGAUGGCCCUGCAAACUACGAUGUGGACCUGCCUUUUAUGUACAGUGUGGUAUACUUUGCCUUUGCCAUCAUUGCCACUCUCCUUAUGCUCAACUUGUUAAUUGCCAUGAUGGGUGACACCCACUGGAGAGUGGCCCAUGAGAGGGAUGAGCUCUGGAGAGCCCAGGUUGUUGCUACUACUGUCAUGCUGGAGCGGAAACUGCCACGGUGUCUCUGGCCUCGCUCUGGUAUCUGUGGGCAGCAGUACGGGCUAGGGGACCGAUGGUAUCUCAGAGUUGAAGACAGAGUUGAUCCCAACAAACAUAAGACAAUGCGGUACACAGAAGCAUUUAAGUCUCAGGAUAAGGACAACUCUCAUAAAGUUUUGGAAAAGCUGGAAAUCAAUAGGGACAUCCAGUACAAGAAGGAACCAUCUUCUCUGUCAUUGUCACGGAACAUAUCCAGGACUAGUUCCCACCGUGGCUGGGAGAUCCUGAGGCGCAAUACCUUCCAUCAGCUUCGUGGAGAGGUUGGUCAUGCCAUGGAAGAGGUCUAUGAUGUCUAA